UGUCUCCCCCCUCUCUGUGUCCCCUCUCACUGUGUCUCCUCUCUGUGUCCACUGUCCAUGUCCACUCUUCUUGUUUCACCUCUCUGUGUCCCCACUCUCUUUGUCCCCUCUCUCUGUGUCCCCACUCUCUGCGUCCCCACUCUGUCUCCCCCCUCUCUGUGCCCCCUCUCACUGUGUCUCCUUCCUUUGUCCCCUCUCUAUGUCCACUGUCCAUGUCCACUCUUCUUGUUUCACCUCUCUGUGUCCCCUCUCGCUGUGUCCUCUAUCUGUGUCCCCUCUUCUUGUUUCACCUCUCUGUGUCCCCUCUCUCUAUGCCCCCUCUCACUGUGUCCCCUCUCACUGUGUCCCCUCCCUGUGCCCCCCCCACAGCCUCGGUGGCCUGGUCUCUGCACAGGGACCUGGGCUUCCCUCUAGACCUGGUGGACCUGAUGCUGGAGGACAGAGGAGUCCAGGUGGACCGUCAGGAGUUGGACUGUCUCAUCGCAGAAAACCACAAGGUGCAGUCUGACCUGCAGUCAGGUGUUGAGUCUCAGGUGAUGUUGGAUGUCCUCAGCUUGGCCGAGCUGCAGCGUCUCGGCGUCCCUCACACAGACGACAGCCUCAAAUACCAGUACAGAAUGGAGCAGGACAGAUACGUGUUCCCAGCAUGCCGUGCAUCGGUGGUGGCUCUGUACGCGGGGGGGCGUCUGGUGUCAGAGGUCACGGAGGGUCAGCUCUGCGGGGUCGUCCUGGAUCACACCUGCUUCUACUCCGAGCAGGGGGGACAGUCACAUGACCAGGGCUACUUCAGCCGGGACGGACAACAGGACGUCCUAUACCCCGUGGAGGCCGUGGUCCUGGUGGGGGGGUACGUGGUCCAUCAGGUGACUGCAGCCGACAGCCUGAAGACUGGAGACCAGGUGCAGCUCCACCUGGACCAGGUCCACAGGUUGUCCUGUAUGGUGAAUCACACAGCGACUCACAUCCUGAACUUUGCUCUGAGGAAAGUUUUGGGUCCUUCAGUUCAGCAGAGAGGAUCUCAUGUGUCAGCUGAUCGCCUCCGCUUUGACUUCAGUGUCAAGGGUUCAUUGGACGUGUCCCAGUUGCAGCAGGUGGACAGGUGUAUUAAUGACAUCAUCUCAGCCAAUCACAUAGUGCACAGCCAGGAGCUCCCUCUGCAGGCAGCCAGGAGCAUCAGUGGACUGAGGACAGUGGACGAGGUGUAUCCUGACCCUGUUCGGGUUGUGUCUGUCGGGGUGGCGGCCUCUGACCUUUUGGACGACGAGACGGACAGAGAGACGUCUGUGGAGCUCUGCUGUGGAACGUAAGACCUAAGAGCCACGCAUGUUCACCUGUUACAGAGA